GAUCGCAAAAUGAUAACAAGAAUUGGACGUGUUUUGCUUCACCCUAGGAGUUUUUCGCAAAGAUACCUGUCGACGUACACGUUCAACGAUGGAGUUGGCACUAUUUUGUUGGACAAUGAGAAAACACGCAAUUCUCUUUCGUUAGACAUGAUGGAGAGUAUUCAUAGGCAUAUCGUUGAUAACCAGCAUGAUACCGAAAUUCGGUGCAUUGUUUUAGCAGCUCGGGGGCGUGUGUUUUCAGCAGGACAUAAUCUCAAAGAAUUAACCGCUGAGCAUGGACCAGACCACCACAAGCAAGUGUUUCACAAAUGUUCGGAAUUGAUCGAUACCAUCCGGUUAGCGCCUGUACCUAUCAUUGCCAAAGUUGAUGGCUUAGCUGCCGCAGCAGGAUGUCAGCUGGUAGCGUCCUGUGAUAUGGCGGUUUGCAGUGAUACUAGCACAUUCUCUACUCCCGGGGCUAGCUUUGGCAUAUUUUGUUCAACGCCGGGAAUCGCGGUGGUACGGUCUAUUCCUCGCAUGAGAGCGGCCUAUAUGUUAUUUACCGGACUUCCCAUUACGGCAAACGAAGCCCUUGAAGCAGGACUUGUAAGUAAAGUAGUUUCUAAAACUGAGAUCAAUGAAGAGGUGGACAACAUUUGUAAAGCCAUAGCAUCGAAAAGUCGUGCUGUAAUUGCACUUGGCAAGACAUUUUUUUAUAAACAAAUAGCAAUGGACAUUGCCACAGCGUAUGAACUCGGUGAGCAAAUAAUGGUUCAAAAUUUAGCUACAAUCGAUGGGCAGGAGGGAAUAAAGAGCUUUGUAGAAAAGCGUCGACCUCAAUGGCAUCACAAAGAAUAAAUAAGUAGGAUAAAGAUUUUUGCUGCAUUUAGAUUGACCUUUGUACCUUUGUUUCCAUAGUGUAUACAUUGUCGCGCAAUUAUUUAGAAAUUGUACCUACGUUAAGCGAUGUAUAAGGAAUAAAUCUAAGUGCAAUCAUUGAAGCACGCCUGGUUAUAAACAGCAUGAGGAUGGAAUGUAGAUUUAGGUGUUUAUAGAAGCACAUACCAGUAUCCGACAUCGGUUGAUAAUAAAUUAUUUUACAUAGCAGAAAAUAAAUUUGUCCAUCUUUACCAUUUAACAUUCAAACGAUCCAACAGUACGACUGGAGCACAAGCUUUUCUGUUUGAGUUUUUUUGUCGUUUAAUAAUCUUCAAUUGGCUCUGAUACCUAAUUAAGAUCUACAGUUAACAGGUCGAAGCCGAAAUCUAUCUCUGAAAUGUCUUGAUUAAAGGCUGGAGUUGAAUAGAUCUAAGUUAGCGUUAGAUUGCA